AUGGAAGUAAUAAUGAAUAUAGUAUUAUAGAGGUUAAAAUCUCCUCUAAUCCUUAUUAAACUUUAUUUAAAAAAUUAACUGACAAACUAAAUGUCAUUUAAUAAUAUAAAAUGAGAAAAUUUCUUUUUUUUACCAUUCUCUACAUAUUUGCAUCAGGUGUAAAUGGGAGUUAUUGUUUAGAUAAGAUCACAUCAAAUUCAAUAUUAAGAAGGAAUUACUUGAAUGUAAUGCAAUUAUAUAAUGGGGCAAUGUUAACAUCUGCUAGAACUAAUAUGUUUAUAGUGCCAGCUAUAGAUAAUAGUCCUAUAAGAGAUUUAAUUUAUUUUCCAUAUAACGGGUAAGUAGGGCAUGUCGCCGUUCCUUUACAUGGUACAAUAAUGAUUGAAUUUCUAUAAUCAUAUUUAAUAAAUAAGAUUAGAUUUUGGAUGUACGAUUACGAUAGUAGGAUAACCCAUAUGCAAGUAUUUGCAAUUGGAGAUGAUAGAAUGACAGAAACAUUAAUAUAUGAAGGUUCAGCCCCUCCAGGUGUAAUGUCUGUCAAAUUUGAUUAAUAAUUAGUCUCAAAAUUAAAAUUCUACAACAAAAAUGGAAACACCUUAUAUGAGCAUAUGUCAAUAUUAAAGAUUUAAGCUUAUUAUGCUUUCUAUUAAUGA